AUGGCCAUGCUGUGGCACUGCAAAGCAGCUGCGCAGGCCAAAACAGCUGCAGGGACCCAAACGGCCAUGCCGGCCAAAACAGCCGUGCUAGCGACCCAACAAGCCCCUGAACUGGAAAACCUCACCGUGACUGAGGUUGGCUGGGAUGGCCUCAGACUCAACUGGACCGCAGCUGACCAGGCCUAUGAGCACUUUGUCAUUCAGGUGCAGGAGGUCAACAAGGUGGAGGCAGCCCAGAACCUCACAGUGCCUGGUAGCCUCCGGGCUGUGGACAUCCCAGGCCUCAAGGCUGCCACACCUUAUAGAGUCUCCAUCUAUGGGGUGAUCCAGGGCUAUAGAACACCGGUGCUCUCUGCUGAGGCCUCCACAGGGGAAACUCCCAGUUUGGGAGAGGUUGUGGUGGACGAGGUGGGCUGGGACGCCCUCAAACUCAACUGGACUGCUCCGGAAGGGGCCUAUGAGUACUUUUUCAUUCAGGUGCAGGAGGCUGACACAGCAGAGGCAGCCCAGAACCUCACGGUCCCAGGAGGACUGAGGUCCACGAACCUGCCUGGGCUCAAAGCAGCCACUCAUUAUACCAUCACCAUUCGCGGGGUCACUCAGGACUUCAGCACAACCCCUCUCUCUGUUGAAGUCUUGACAGAGGAGGUUCCAGAUAUGGGAAACCUCACAGUGACCGAGGUUAGCUGGGAUGCUCUCAGACUGAAUUGGACCACGCCAGAUGGAACCUAUGACCAGUUUAUCAUUCAGGUCCAGGAGGCUGACCAGGUGGAAGAGGCUCACAAUCUCACCGUUCCUGGCAGCCUACGCUCCGUGGAAAUCCCAGGCCUCAGGGCCGGCACUCCUUACACAAUCACCCUGCACAGCGAGGUCAGGGGCCGCAACACUCGACCCCUUGCUGUAGAGGUCAUUACAGAAGAGCUCCCGCAGCUGGGAGAUUUAGCCACAUCUGAGGUUGGCUGGGAUGGCCUCAGACUCAACUGGACCGCAGCUGACCAGGCCUAUGAGCACUUUGUCAUUCAGGUGCAGGAGGUCAACAAGGUGGAGGCAGCCCAGAACCUCACAGUGCCUGGCAGCCUCCGGGCUGUGGACAUCCCGGGCCUCAAGGCUGCCACGCCUUACAGAGUCUCCAUCUAUGGGGUGAUCCAGGGCUAUAGAACGCCAGUGCUCUCUGCUGAGGCCUCCACAGCCAAAGAACCUGAAAUUGGAAACUUAAAUGUUUCUGACAUAACUCCCGAGAGCUUCAAUCUCUCCUGGACAGCCACCGAUGGGAUCUUCGAGACCUUUACCAUUGAAAUUAUUGAUUCCAAUAGGUUGCUGGAGACUGCAGAAUAUAAUAUCUCUGGUGCUGAACGAACUGCCCAUAUCUCAGGGCUGCCCCCUAGUACUGAUUUUAUUGUCUACCUCUCUGGACUUGCUCCCAGCAUCCGGACCAAAACCAUCAGUGCCACAGCCACGACAGAGGCCCUGCCCCUUCUGGAAAACUUAACCAUUUCCGACAUUAAUCCCUACGGGUUCACAGUUUCCUGGAUGGCAUCGGAGAAUGCCUUUGACAGCUUUCUAGUAACGGUGGUGGAUUCUGGGAAGCUGCUGGACCCCCAGGAAUUCACACUUUCAGGAAACCAGAGGAAGCUGGAGCUUAGAGGCCUCAUAACCGGCAUUGGCUAUGAGGUUAUGGUCUCUGGCUUCACCCAAGGGCACCAAACCAAGCCCUUGAGGGCUGAGAUUGUUACAGAAGCCGAACCAGAAGUUGACAACCUUCUGGUUUCAGAUGCCACCCUAGACGGUUUCCGUUUGUCCUGGACAGCUGAUGAAGGGGUCUUCGACAAUUUUGUUCUCAAAAUAAGAGAUACCAAAAAGCAGUCUGAGCCACUGGAAAUAACCCUACUUGCCCCUGAACGUACCAGGGACAUAACAGGUCUCAGAGAGGCUACUGAAUACGAAAUUGAACUCUAUGGAAUAAGCAAAGGAAGGCGAUCCCAGCCAGUCAGUGCUAUAGCAACAACAGCCAUGGGCUCCCCAAAGCAAGUCAUUUUCUCAGACAUCACUGAAAACUCAGCUACUGUCAGCUGGAGGGCACCCACUGCCCAGGUGGAGAGCUUCCGAAUUACCUAUGUGCCCAUUACAGGAGGUAAGCCUUCCAUGGUAACUGUGGAUGGAACCAAGACUCAGACCAGGCUAGUGAAACUCAUACCUGGGGUGGAGUACCUUGUUAACAUCAUUGCCAUGAAGGGCUUUGAGGAAAGUGAACCUGUCUCAGGGUCGUUUACCACAGCUCUGGAUGGCCCAUCUGGCCUGGUGACAGCCAACAUCACUGACUCGGAAGCCUUGGCCAGAUGGCAGCCGGCCAUUGCCACUGUGGACAGUUAUGUCAUCUCCUACACAGGGGAGAAAGUGCCAGAAAUUACACGCACGGUGUCCGGGAACACAGUGGAGUAUGCUCUGACCGACCUAGAGCCUGCCACGGAAUACACACUGAGAAUCUUUGCAGAGAAAGGUCCCCAGAGGAGCUCAACCAUCACUGCCAAGUUCACAACAGACCUCGAUUCUCCAAGAGACUUGACUGCUACUGAGGUUCAGUCGGAAACUGCCCUCCUUACCUGGCGACCCCCUCGGGCAUCGGUCACCGGUUACCUGCUGGUCUAUGAAUCGGUGGAUGGCACAGUCAAGGAAGUCAUUGUGGGUCCAGACACCACCUCCUACAGCCUGGCAGACCUGAGCCCAUCCACCCACUACACAGCCAAGAUCCAGGCACUCAGCGGGCCGCUGAGGAGCAAUCUGAUCCAGACCAUCUUCACCACAAUUGGACUCCUGUACCCCUUCCCCAGGGACUGCUCCCAAGCCAUGCUGAAUGGAGACACGACCUCUGGCCUCUACACCAUUUAUCUGAAUGGUGAUAAGGCCCAGGCACUGGAAGUCUUCUGUGACAUGACCUCCGAUGGGGGUGGAUGGAUUGUGUUCCUGAGACGCAAAAAUGGACGUGAGAACUUCUACCAAAACUGGAAGGCCUAUGCUGCUGGAUUUGGGGACCGCAGAGAAGAAUUCUGGCUUGGGCUGGACAACCUGAACAAAAUCACAGCCCAAGGGCAGUACGAGCUCCGGGUGGACCUGCGGGACAACGGGGAGACAGCCUUCGCCGUCUAUGACAAGUUCAGCGUGGGAGAUGCCAAGACUCGUUACAAGCUGAAGGUGGAGGGGUACAGCGGGACAGCAGGUGACUCCAUGGCCUACCACAAUGGCAGAUCCUUCUCCACCUUUGACAAGGACACGGAUUCAGCCAUCACCAACUGUGCUCUGUCCUACAAGGGGGCUUUCUGGUACAGGAACUGUCACCGUGUCAACCUGAUGGGGAGAUACGGGGACAAUAACCACAGCCAGGGUGUUAACUGGUUCCACUGGAAGGGCCAUGAACACUCAAUCCAGUUUGCUGAGAUGAAGCUGAGACCGAGCAACUUCAGAAAUCUCGAAGGCAGGCGCAAACGGGCAUAAAUUCCAGGGACCACUGGGUGAGAGGGGAAUAAGGCCCAGAGCAAGGAAAGGAUUUUACCAAAGCAUCAAUACAACCAGCCCAACCAUCGGUCCAUACCUGGGCAUUUGGUGAGAGUCAAAGCUGACCAUGGAUCCCUGGGGCCAACAGCGCCAGCACGGACCUCACCUCCUAUGUGAUUUCUUUCUUUGCACCAAAGACAUCAGUCUCCAACAUGUUUCUGUUUUGUUGUUUUGAUUCAGAAAAGAUCUUCCAGUGACGACAUCACAAUGGUUUUUACUUCUCUUGGGUGGCUCUGGGAAUGGGAAGAGGGGUAGAAUGUACAGGGGUAGUUUGUUUUAGAACCAGCCAUAUUUUACAUGAAGCUGUAUAAUUAAUUGUCAUUGUUUUUGUUAGCAAAGAUUAAAUGUGUCAUUGGAAGCCGUCCCUUUGAUUUUUUACAUUUCAUAUGACAGAAACCAGAAAAGCAAUACUGUUUCCAUUUUAAGGAUAUGAUUAAUAUUAUUAAUAUAAUAAUGAUGAUGAUGAUGAUGAAAACUAAGGAUUUUUAAAGAGAUUUUUCUUUCCAAAACAUUUCUGGACAGUACCUGAUUGUAUUUUUUUUUUAAAUAAAAGCACAAGUACUUUUGAGUUUGUUA